AACAUAAUAUCUCCAGAUCCCGAGCUGCGUCCCAGGCUCCGAGCCCCAGUCCCAGGCUCUGAGCCCCAGCCAAGGCUCUCAGUAUACGCGACACACCCCCCAGGUGAGCUGCGCAGCAGCUCACCUGCGUUGAGCGUCAACUUGGCUUGUUGGAGCAGCGCUGCGCGUUUACCCUGUGUUUGUGCUUGUUGCCUUGGUGUACAGGAAGUGCCACUGCUGGUACUAAGCUUCCGGGGUCAUGGUGCCAUGCUUCGCCUUGGUGAGGUGAGCUCUGUACUCUGCUCGUACGAGAUUCUUCGUGCUUGCGUCUGUUGGUGCUAGCUCUUGUUUCAAGGCUCGUACGAGUGCCUGUAGGGUGGAUCGGUUCUCUGACACGAGCUGCAUCAUUGCGGGUCCUAGGAGCUCUGGUGCGACAGUUGCAUUGACCCAGUUCCAGAUUGUCUGAAGACGCGUCGCGCGGGAAGCCCAGUCGCUCGAUUGAGCUCGGUACUCAGCGAUGUUGGUCUGGUACUGUGCGUUGGCCUUCUCCAGUGGGUUCUCAGCAGUGAUCGCUCUGAGUGUGGGCAUCUCUGGAGCGCUGUCCAUAGGAUUUGGAGCGUCUGGUCCAUCUGGAUUGAUUAUGUCCCAUAGGUUUUUGCUGAGAGCAUGGAACUGGAGCUGGAUAAAC